AUGCCACUCCGCCUCGACGGCGGCGCCCCCGUCGACCACGCCGGCAGCUGGACGGACGCCGUCGCCUCCACCAGUGAGAGCGCCAUCGCCGCCGUCGGCCGGGUCCUCGCCUCCAAGGAUGACGUUACGCCAGGGCACGGCUUCGGCGUCCACAUCCACGAGCUGGUCAAGGUGCGCGACAAGCAGGGGCGCACCGCUCUCGAGGCCUCGACGGAGGGACCGCGCAAGGCCAUCUACUUGCACCUUCUCUUCUGCGGCCGCUACGAGCUCGUCAUCGGAGCACCCGAGCACCGCUCGGCGACCAGCGUCGUGCUGCGCGCGCUCGACCGCGGCGAGAAGACCGACUACGGCAAGGUCUUCGACGACGCGGACAAGGACGGGAGCGGCACGCUCGGACGGAAGGAGUUGGCCCCGGUCGCGAAGAGCAUCGGCUUGGACGCCGAGCUGUUCCUCCGCGCCGAGGACAAGAGCAUCGACCGCUCGAGCUUCGUCGGCAUCUGCAAGCAGCAGCUCGGCGACGGCCAGCGCUCGGUCGUGAUCAAGCUGAUGCAGGAGAAGGAGCAGUGGGAGCGCGAGCGGGACGCGCGCGCAAAGAACCAGCUCGACUCGCGCUUCAUCGUGCUGGAGCUUCCCGGCGUGCCGUCCGACGACGAGAUCGCGGCGGCGGUGCUCGUGCGCGGCGGCGGCCUCGGCGCCAUCGCUAAACAGUACCUGCCGGAGGGCAUCAGCUUGGGCACGCGCGCCAUCAUCAUGGACGCCGCCGACCGCAACCUGCACCAGAUCUUCUUGCAGGAGCGGCCCGAUCUCAACGGUGUCCGCGCCAUCCUGCAGCAGGUCUUCGAGGCGGUGGCGCACUUGCACGCGAAGGGCCUGAUGCACGGCGACCUCAAGCUGCUCAACGUCGUCCGCUUCCGGCGCGACAACCGGCUGCGCCUCAUCGACCUCGACGCCGCCGCGAAGAUCGUGCCAGUGGGCGGCGAGGGCGAGUCGUACGCCGGCGCCAAGUUCUCCUCGGGCGUGCUGCCGCCCGAGCUGUUCCACGAGCUCAAGCAGGGCGAGGCUGAGGCGCUCGAGGCGUACUGGCAGCGGGAGAGCAAAGAGCUGCAGGCCAAGGUGGCGCCGAAGUCGUUCUCCGAGCGGGGCGUCGUCAAGUCGAUUUACAUCGUGAAGUCGUUCCGCACGGCGGAUGGCGGCAAGCCGGUGUUUGGCGGCCUGCCGUACUCGGAGGAGCUGGUGCACGCGUCGGAGAAGGUCGACGCGUGGUCGCUCGGCGCGCUAGCCUUUGUGCUGCUCGCGGGUGAGCCGCUCGUGCCGUUGACUCGCGACGACGACUGCGCCUCGGGGGCGGCGAUGCGCAUGCUGCACGCGUGGGGCACGCAGCCGGGAGUGGUGGUCGAGCGGCUCGAGAAGGUCGGCGACCCGGCGGCUCGUGACCUCGUCAGCAAGCUGCUGCAGCGCGAGCCGUCGGCGCGGCUGUCGGUCAAGGAUGCUCUCGAGCAUGUCUUCUUCCGCACGGGGAGGGACGGUGGCCACGUUGAGCCGCAAGAGAAGGUGCUCGAGGAGCUGCGGCUAAUCAAGGAGGAGCAGACGCGGCAGGGCGAGGAGCAGCGCAAGCAGACGGAGAUGCUCGUCGUCGUCAUGGAGCUCAGCAUCGAGAACAAGCGCGAGUUGCGGCGCACGUGCGACGUGCUGCUCAAGGGCAUCUUCGAGGCGUCGGAGGUGACGAUACCCACUACCUUCGUCGUGGUGCUCAAGAAGCUGCCGGAGGCGCUCAACAAGGAGGAGAAGGCGAAGCUGCUGAAGAUCGCCGCCGACGGCAGCGGCGUGACGCUUGGCAACGACAACUUCUCCCUAAACUUUACGGGGGACUCGGCAGGCGUGGGUGGCAAGUACGCAGACACGCUCGACACCGGCAUGAAGUGGCUCUGCCGGCUGAAGACCAUCGGCUCGGAAUUGGCGGCCGGCAAGGUCGGCGACGCCUUCGAGACGAUCAAGAAGGGGCUGGGCGACCUCGUGACGGGCAAGACGAUGUACCUCUACCUCGUCGACGAGCUCACGGGCGAGCCCGUGUGCGAUCCCUCCGGCCACUACCCGAUCGAGAUCACGACGCCGUCGGACGUGGUGCCCAAGCUGCUGCCGGUGAUGCAGGUCGGGCUGCGCGCCAUGUCCGUCUUCAACGGCGCGGCGGGCGUGGCGCGCAUGUUCGGCUACCCCGUCCCGACGGUGCCGGAGGCGUGGGCGGCGGGCGCGCGCGAGUCGGUCGCUCUGCUCAAGCGGGAGAGCUCCGUGGAGAAGUACGACGUGGUGCAGGGCGUCCUCGGCCAGGACGGCGCCACGAAAGAGUCCGAGUCGGUGCGGGGCGCGUCGCUACGCGAGCUGCAGCGCUUCUUUGAGGAGCACGACGCGAAGAAGGGAUACGCUGGCUUGCGCCGGAUCGCGGACGAGGAUGGCACGGCGGUGUGGACGGCGCUGACCGACCCGAGCGCCGUCAAGGCGGCCAUCGAGGCUCGCGCCAAGGAGCGGCGCGAGGAGGAGCGGCGGGGCGAUGAGCUCCUCCAGCAGGCGCUCGAGCUGUCGUCGUCGGCUGCGGGACCGACCAGCCCACGGUACCAGCGUGAGGCGGAGGAGCUGCGCCCGGUCGCCGCUGCCGCCGCCGCCGCACCCAACCCCGCCGCCCACACCACCACCGACGCCGCUGUCACCGCCACGUGGCCCUGGAGUUUCUUCUUUGGACCUAGCGCCGUCGCCGCCGCACCUACCGCCACAGAGACCCUGCCAUCGGCACCGGCUCCGGCACCGGCAGCAGGUGCUUCGAGCGGGGGGCAGCAGGAGGCACACGCCGUGGUGUCGACAGCAGGGGCGAUGGAGGCGGCGGUGGCAGAGGUGGCGGCGGCUGCUAAGGCGGCCGUGGAAUCGGUGGCAGCUGAGCUAGCAGCGAAUCAGAAGCAGCAGCAACAGAGGCUGGAUUCGCAUGAGAAGCAGCUAGCGCAGUUGCAAACCCAGAUGAAGGAACCGCCACAGCAGCACACGGAGCGGCGUGAGGAGGAGCGGCGGGGCGAUGAGCUGCUCCAACAGGCGCUCAAGAUGUCGUACUCGCCGGCCGCAGCCGCGGCAGCAGGUGCUUCGAGCGGGGAGCAGCAGUCGCAGCCGGACAUCAAUGUGCACUUGGCCGUGUGCAAGUGUGUGCUGCAGUAA